UAGGAUAGUAAAGUGGAAAAAGGAUAGAGACUCCCAUUAUGCAACUAUCUCACUCGGCCCGGAUGGUCUCCAUCUUUUACAUAUGGCUGUUCUCCUCAUUCCGUGCAGUCAUGUAGUCUUAUAUGCAUGGAGACUAGACUAGUCUCCAUGCUUAUAUGUAUGGUUCUCAGUGGCGCCAACCAGUCCAAUGUAACGUAACUGAUAGGCGGGAAAGUGGAACGUUGAAAUGGAGUAACGAGGCCGGAUGCAGGGAACGUGGAAGCGGACCGACCAUAUCCCUGUUGCCAGGAGCAACCAUGAAUGUGCAAACGAUUAAGCGUAAACCGAGCGUAAGCACUAAUUGAAAAGGCUGGAUUAGUGUAGCAAACGAGUUUCAGGAGUUUCAGGAUGUUUCAGCUUUAAUUCCAAAUCGUGUCUCUACGUGCCUCUCUGUGAUUUUUACUUUAAAGAAGAGUAAUGCAGUCGGAUGUACCAACAAUAUUUCAAGAGUCUGCCGAGCCCGGUGUUAUUAAUCGGGACAUGCUGAUAUCUCUUGUCAUCGAACAAGGUCCUAAGGGUGAGGCCGGCAGACUCUUUCUUGAGGACAGCAUCAAAUUUGAGGAUAUUCAAGAAAUUCGUAUCGAAUUUCUUAAUAUACUGAACAUUGAUUAUAUCUGGGUGAUGCACAAUCUUGUUAAGCUAAGGUUAUCUAAUAAUAUUAUUGAAAAAAUUGAGAACUUGGAUGUUCUGGUACACUUGAGAGAAUUGGAUCUGUCAUUCAAUCACAUUCGUGUAAUGGAGAAUCUGAAUCAUAUGACCCACUUGGAAAUUCUAUUGCUCUAUGAAAAUAAAGUCAGCGUUAUUCAGGGAAUAGACGAUUUACAUCAACUAAUGAUUUUCAGCAUUGGAAAUAAUAAAAUCGAUGAUUGGGACCAUGUGAUGUAUUUGCGUAAGUUGAAAAAACUGCGCAGCUUUAAUGUGGAUGGAAAUCCUUGCUUAGAGAAAGAAGGAUACUUUGAUUACCUAUACGCAUUUGUACCGCAGCUGAUAUACUGUCGCUAUAAAAUGAUAACCAACAAGGAGCGUCAGUUAGCACUGGAGCAGCAUCAUCGAACAAUAAGUAAUUUAGAAGAGAACGAAGCCAAGGAGAAAGAGGAAGAAGACGCCCGGCGUGCCUUUGAGAAGCACAUAGAUUUACUUUCAAAAUCUUAUGUCGAAUAUUUGGACGGCAAUUACCUCUUUGAACAGAUGUUUAAGCACGACGGAGAAGGAAGAAACUUGAUAACCCUCACGGAAGACACCCAAGUGGCCUACGAGGAAUACAAGAAAACUUUUUCUGCCAUUUGUCAGGAAUUGUAUGAACUUGGCCUAAAGGAAGAAGCGAGGAGAAGGAACGAGAUCAGGCAGUUCGAGGAUAUCGUGAACGGAGGCAAGCAGAAAGUUCAGGAAGAUGCACGAAAGACGAUGGAUGAAGUAAUGAAGAGGAAAUCCGAAAUUUUUCUUGACGUCAAAACGCUUAUUGAGUCUAUGACUGGGGAAUUGGAGACUGACGUUUUGGAGGAAAAAGUUGAGCAGGCACAAAGAUUAUCGGAGGAUUUUAAUGAUUUCAUAUCGAGAAUAUGGACGAAACUAAUCUACAAGGAAGUUGUAUUGCACGAACAAGUGGAUGAUAUAAACGAAGUUUUCAAGAUAAACAUGACAGACAUGGUUGAAUCCUUCCUUGAAGCGGCGCAGAGCUAUUUUGCGCAGCUGCGAAAUGCCGAUGCCGAGUACAAUGACAAUAUUAAUACGAUAGCCACUAUUUAUAUUAACAGCUUCGGAACAAAUGACGAAAACAAAAUACCGCCUCAUGUGCUUGAAAUUUGUGGCGACAAGGAUCUCUUGACUAAUAAUCUUGCAGCCUCCCGCGAUGUGCACCUUCAGAUAAUUGACGGUCGAGAGGAUCGCAUGGUUGGCAGAUUGAAAAAUUGGCUGGAAAAGCACGUGGAGAAGCUUAUCGAAGAGGAAAGUGAGCGGCAUCGAUCUGGGGUUCUGGAAAUAUCGCAUUUCCUUGAAUUUCAACGAGAAGAAUUUGAUGCUUUGCAAUUACAACGUCACCUGAGCAUAGGAAGUGGCGAUCCGGACGUGAUUGCCGCUCUUGAAGGAUGAUUAAUAAAGAAUUUGCAACUUGGAAAAGAUAUACAAUACAAAUGAACUUGAGCAAAUUUUUAAUCUCACGGUAUUUAUGUAUCUUUAUUCCUCAGAUAUGAAAAUACAAAAGUAAACUUUUCCAUAGUAAAAGUA